ACAAUAAACUCACUGGCUUGAUUCCCAAUUCUCUUGGAUAUUUGGCUAAUCUACAGUUCCUAAACUUGGCAGCAAACAAUUUAACAAGUGACUCAUCAUUUAGCUUCCUCACUUCCUUAACCAAUUGUAGAAAGUUAACAAUUCUUUUUCUAUCUUCAAACCCUAUAAACGGCAUGCUUCCAGUAUCUGCAGGGAACCUUUCCACUUCUCUUACAAUGUUUUACGCCAGUUCUUGCAAUAUUAAAGGGCGAAUUCCUAAUGAAUUUGGGAACUUAAGAAACUUGUUAGAGCUUGAUCUUUCUGGAAACAACUUAGUUGGAUCAAUUCCCACAUCAAUUGGCAACUUAAAAAACCUUCAGCGUUUCAACUUGAGUGACAACAAACUUACAGGAUUUAUUGGAGAUCACAUUUGUAAAUUGCAGAAUUUGGGUGCUAUUUACUUGGGACAAAAUCAACUUUUAGGAUCUCUUCCUAAUUGUUUAGGGAAUGUUACUUCCCUUAGAUUGAUACAUCUUGGUUCCAAUAAAUUGAUUUCCAAUAUACCACCAAGCUUAGGGAAUCUUAAGGAGUUAAUUGAGCUUGACUUGUCCUCAAACAACAUGGUUGGUUCUUUACCACCAGAAAUUGGAAAUCUAAAAGCUGUGACACAUAUAGAUCUGUCGAUGAAUCAAUUCUCAAAAGGAAUUCCUAGGGAAAUUGGAGCAUUGCAAAAUUUGGAGUACCUUUCUUUGAGGCACAACAAGUUGCAAGGAUCUAUACCUGACUCAUUCAGCAACAUGGUAAGUUUGGGAUACCUAGACAUUUCACAUAAUAAUAUAUCGGGAACUAUACCCAUGUCUUUGGAGAAACUACAACACCUCAAGUAUUUCAAUGUUUCUGUCAACAAGCUGUACGGUGAAAUACCCUCGGGGGGUCCUUUCAAGAACCUCUCGAGUCAAUUUUUCAUCGACAAUGAAGCAUUAUGUGGUUCUUCAAGGUUUAGUGUUCCACCGUGCCCCACAUCAUCAAAGCAUAGAUCAAAUAGGAAAAAAAUGCUUGUUCUAUUUCUUGUGCUGGGAAUCGCACUUGUACUGGUUCCUAUUACCUUUCUGUUUGUAUGGAUAAGGUAUACAAGAGUUAAAAGUGAUCCUCAACAAGCUGAUUCAUUGUCUACCGCAACAACAGAAAGAAUUUCAUACUAUGAACUGCUCCAAGCAACUGAUUCGCUUAGCGAGAGUAAUCUGAUUGGUUCUGGAAGUUUUGGCUCUGUCUACAAAGGCGUUCUCAGAAGUGAAACUGCCAUUGCAGUUAAAGUGUUCAAUCUGCAACUGGAAGCGGCAUUCAAGAGUUUUGAUACAGAAUGUGAAGUUUUGCGCAGCCUUCGCCACAGGAAUCUUGUGAAAGUCAUCACUAGUUGCUCCAACCUGGAUUUUAAGGCUUUAGUUCUCGAGUAUAUGCCUAAUGGAAGUCUUGAAAAGUAUUUGUAUUCGCACAACUACUUCCUAGACAUCAGGCAGAGACUAAGCAUUAUGACAGAUGUCGCAUGUGCAUUGGAAUAUCUCCAUCAUGGGUGCUCGUUACCCGUGAUACACUGUGAUAUAAAACCUAGUAACGUCUUGCUGGAUGAGGAUAUGGUUGCCCACCUAAGCGACUUUGGUAUUUCAAAACUGCUUGGUGAAGAUGAGAGCGAUUUAUACACUAAAACCUUAGCAACAUUUGGCUAUAUAGCACCGGAGUAUGGACUGGAUGGACUGGUGUCAAUAAAAUGUGAUGUCUAUAGUUACGGGAUUAUGUUGCUGGAAACAUUUACCAGGAGAAAGCCUAGUGAGUUUGAGGGAGAUCUUAACUUGAAGCAAUGGGUGAGUUAUUCACUCCCAGAGGCAGUAAUGGACGUUAUGGAUGCCAACUUGGUUACACCAAUGGAUCAUCGCUUACAGAAGAAGCUAGAUGUUGUUGCAUCAAUCAUGAAAGUGGCAUUAGAUUGUUGUGUUGAAUCUCCGGCAAGAAGGACAAACAUGAAAGAUGUUGUAGGGAUGCUACAGAAGAUCAAGAUUCAACUUCUUGCAUGCUGAGCAUGUUCUCUGAAUCUCUUGUUUCGAAUCGAUCACUUCUUUUGUUUUGUUUUAGCACUUUGAUUCUGUUUUCAGAAAUGCUAGUUGGUUGCAAUAAAUGACUCUGUUUCCUCUUAAAAACUAAAACCAAAUUGACCCUCUUGAAAAUCUUGAAGCAGAAUGAUCUUAGUUUUUGUAAA